AUGCCCCAGCAAAAUAUAACCAUUUUCCAUCCAUCUACAUUUUUUCUUUUAGGCAUCCCAGGGCUUGAGACUGCCCACGCUUGGAUUUCUUUGCCCUUCUGCUGUGUUUAUUUGAUGGCUUUUAUUGGCAAUGUCACAAUUUUCACAGUCAUAUGGACAGAGAGAACCCUCAGGGAUCCAAUGUUCUUUUUCCUGGCCAUUCUAUCAACAAUAGAUCUGGCCCUUUUCACAUCCUCAGUACCACGUAUGUUGGGUAUCUUCUGGUUUAAUGCUCAUGAAAUUGGCUUUGGAGCCUGUGUGGCCCAGAUGUUUCUCUUACACACCUUCACAGGAAUGGAGUCUGCAGUCCUGCUGGCAAUGGCCUUUGACCACUAUGUAGCCAUCUGUGCACCACUCCACUAUACAACCAUCCUGACAGCCUCAGUGCUGUCAGGAAUUGGGAUGGGCAUUGUAUUGAGUACAGUUGUGCUCUCAUUGCCUAUGAUCUACCUAAUCCACCAUCUGCCAUUUUGCAAUGCCCACAUUAUUGCCCACACCUACUGUGAGCACAUGGGCAUUGCCAAGUUGGCUUGUGCCAAUGUUCAAAUCAAUGCCAUGUACGGUCUCUUUGUUGCUUCCUUCCUUGUCCUUGUCCUGGUGCUGGUUGGAAUCUCCUAUGGCUACAUACUCCAUACUGUAUUCUACCUCAAAUCCCCAGAUGCCCGUCACAAGACACUGAGCACUUGUGGCUCCCAUGCUGGAGUCAUGUUUAUUUUCUAUACACCUUCUCUCUUCUCCUUCCUCACUCACCGAUUUGGCCAAAAAAUACCCCCUUAUGUCCACAUUCUUGUUGCCAACAUCUACGUCGUUCUUCCACCCGCCCUCAACCCUAUUAUCUACGGGGUAAGGACCAAGCAAAUCAGAAAGUGUGUGAUCCAAGUAUUUACUGGCAAGUAA